CCAAGCCAGCGCUUUUCAAAAUAACUAUGGAAGGACUCUGACUAGCUUAGCUAUGGAAGGAGCCGGAGGUCUCUGCCCAUGCCUUCGAUCCCGAGUGAUCGAGUUCCUUCUUCACUCAGUUAAGCUGCUAGAAGUUUCCCCAAUCGUUAAGUACUCCGCAUUGUCGCUGUUCGCCGACCGUUUUUGUGCAGCUUUCUCUAGGCUUGAAGAUGGAAAGAGCAGAACAUGUUGGCUUCUACAUCCCAUAAGAGAAAGUAAUUUGCAGCUAUUUGCUCUUGUCUCAUUAUGGAUCUCAAGCAAAAUACAUGACACACGUCCCAUUUGUGUUAAAAGUUUGAAAGCAUUGGGGGAUGAGCUCAUCAAGGAUCAACAUUACACAAAGGGUGAUAUAUUGGAAGCUGAGAUGGUCUUAAUGCAGGUAUAUAAAUAUCAAGUCACCAUCAAACUGUUGGUUGUAAUUGUAGGCGCUGAUUGUGUUUACUCUAUUUUCCUGAACUACUCAUGCUCCUUCAAGACCCUAAAAUUUGGGAUUGGCACAUCCAAUACUGCUUUUAUAUUACUCGAAGAGCUUCUUAGUCUAUUGAGGGUGAUUGCCCGAGUUGGAUUUCACGUGAAGAUGGAAGCAUGUAUGGAUAUUAUGGAUAUACUUUAUGAAAAUGAAGUGACAUCAGUACCUUACAGCUCUCCUCAAGCACUUUCUGCAUCAAUAUUGGAAUGUGUUGUUGCUUAUGUCACUACGGUACCUCUGGCGAAGUGGGAGUUUCCUAUUCUUCCUUGGGAAAAUACCGAUAGAUGUCAAUUUGAUUGAUAUAAAUGCUGAAACCAAGUCCAAUUUGGCAGAGGAGGACCAUCACUGAAAAGGUAAUAACAGUUCAUAAUGUGUUACAAUAGACUAAAUAGUGUAAGUGGUCACCAGCAUUAUCUUUUUGCACUUUUCCAGGGGCCAACGAAGGCAGAAGAAGAUCAACAUUAAAGCCAAGUUAAUACCUACCGGGUACGAAUACAGCACAUGUACUCCUUUCUUUUCAAAUCUCCUAAAACAAUCUUCCUGUUAUUUUCCCCAUAGACUAUUAAAUAUGUUUGACAUACAAGAAUAAAAGAACACAGCUCACCCAAUUUUUUGAAAUAUUGUGCAAGGCUGUCUGUGUGUUUAGUAGGUUUAAACUUUUUUGCUGUUUAGAUUCGAUUUCGAUGAUGAAACCAAACCGUAAGUAAAUUCCUAAAUGCACAAUAGGAUGGAUAGUUCCACUAGCCGAAGUCCUACGAUUUGUAUCCUUUUGGUUUUGUAAAUUGUUAGAGCAUAAGUCUUCUUAUGAUAAUAGUUUGUGUAUCUUCUGUGUCCGAAUUAGUUUCGACAAUCGAAUGAAAGGUGUUAAAUAAUU